CAUUUGGCUUGCAUGAAGGCUGCGUGCGCGCACUCGGCGAGCCCCCGAUCCAAUUUUCUGUCGUUUCCCCGCCUCUAAUCCGGGGCUAAUCGGAUUUGGCUGCAACGGCAUCUCUUCCCCCGCCGGUAGCAACGAAACCUCCCCCCCUGCCCCCUUCAAGUAAUAUCCACGGCAGGAAUCUGCGGCCGCGCGCGCCGGUCCCGGAACAGUCCAGGUUAAUUUGUCGCCAAUUAAGCGCGCCUCGUCCGCCGGAGACAAAUGGCUGCCGCCUCCAAAACAUGCCACCCUCGCCCGUAGUGCCCACAAUUUGUAUCAAUAUUAAUAGCCGCUUUUCCCCGACCGGGUCGUGGAAGGGAAGAGCGCGUCCCGCCUUCGGGGGUGGGACCCAAAGGCGGGGCUAGGACGCGGCCCGGCCCUCGCGAGACGGCGAAACUUCGGAGCGGCCGCACGCGCGCUACUCGCGGCUGCCCGACGCCGAGACCCCGAGGCCCCGAGGGCUCCGGCCACAGCUGCGGGCCGCUCGAAGCCUUCCGGAAGCCGCCGCCGGCAUGGCGCUCACCACGGAGUCCAAAGCGGCCAAGUCGGCCAACCCGUUCUCCAUCUCGAGCAUCCUGAGCCGCAGCGAACCCAAGCGCCAGCCUCCGCUGCUCUGCUGGGAACCUGGGCUGCUCGCCAAGCCCACGCCGUGGUACCCGUGGGUCAGGCCCGCUCUCGCGAGCUCUGGAUCGCCGCCUCCCGCGCGGCCGGAGCCAUCCACGAGCGCCGGCAGCAGCAGCAGCCGCGGGAGUCCCGACCUCCCUUCCGGCUCGGCCGACGGGGACGAUCCAAAGAACGGCAGCAAGCAGCAUCAGCAGGCCGCCGCAGCCGCCGCGGCCCAGCAGCGGCGCAAGAAAAAGACGCGGACGGUGUUCACGCGCAGCCAGGUGUUUCAGCUCGAGUCCACGUUCGACAUGAAGCGGUACUUGUCGAGCUCGGAGCGCGCGGGCCUGGCGGCCUCGCUCCAGCUGACCGAGACGCAGGUGAAGAUCUGGUUCCAGAACCGGCGCAACAAGUGGAAGCGCCAGCUGGCCGCCGAGCUGGAGGCGGCCAACCUGGCGCAGCAGCGCAUGGUGCGGCUCCCCGCCGCCGCGGCCGUUCUGUACGAGUCGGCUGCGCAGGACGCGGCCGCGGCCCUCGGCCCAUUCUACUACCCGGGAGGCCCGCCACCGCCGCCGCUGUGAAGGAAGCCCCGGCGCAGCUUGUACAUAGACCCUCCUUUUUUGUACCUCCCUGCUCCCGCUUCCCGUUCCCCCCUCCGGAACGAUG